CGGUGUGAGAAUGAGAACAUUUCAAACAAACGAACAGUUUUAUUAAAAUUGAAAUGGCAAUGCAACGAGAAGUGGGCGUGGGCGACUUCGUCCUUUUGGACAAGAUCGAUUUGGGCAACUUUAUGAAAAAUCUAGAGCUCAGAUUCAAACAUGGCAAGAUUUACACCUACAUUGGCGAGGUAUGCGUUUCGGUAAAUCCCUACAAAACGAUGAAUAUCUACGACCAAAAAUUCAUCGAUCAAUAUAAAGGUCGCGAGCUGUUCGAAAACCCUCCUCACAUCUUCGCCAUCGCCGACGCCUCUCACAAAGUCAUGCAGCAGCAAGGCAAGGACACUUGUAUCGUAAUCAGCGGCGAAUCAGGAGCCGGAAAAACAGAAGCCUCGAAAAUAAUAAUGAAAUAUAUCGCGGCCGUGACGAACAAAGACGGCCAGAAGGAGAUCGAACGCGUGAAGAACGUCCUUUUGCAAUCAAACUCGAUUCUAGAAGCGUUCGGAAACGCAAAAACCAACCGCAACGACAAUUCCUCGCGUUUUGGGAAGUACAUGGACAUCCAUUUCGAUUUCAAAGGCGACCCGAUCGGCGGACACAUCAACAAGUAUCUGCUCGAAAAAUCCCGAGUGAUUUACCAGCAAGCCGGCGAGAGGAACUUCCACAGUUUCUACCAGGUUUUGGCGGGCGCUGGCGACGAUCUUUUGAGGAAACUGCACUUGAGUCGCAACAGUGAUGACUAUUUUUACGUCAAACAGGGGAAAGCCGCCAAAGUCGACACGAUCAAUGACCGAAAUGACUUCCGGGAUGUGAAUUCGUCACUGAACACGUUGCAGUUCUCGAAGGAAGCGCAAGAAACUCUAUGGAGGGUUGUGGCAGCGAUUUUGCAUCUUGGAAAUUUGGAAUUUGUUACAGACGGUGACAAUAAAUUGCAAAUUAAGAACAAGAAAUCGCUCGAAAUAAUUUCGGAGCUGCUUCAAGUGCAGAAAAACGAGCUAAAUUCGGCGCUUUGUGAGCGCGUGAUUGCCGCCAGAGGCGACAUUAUGAGGAAGGAACACACCGAAGCUGAGGCGCUUUACGGACGCGAUGCCCUAGCUAAGGCCAUUUACGAGCGACUUUUCGGUUGGAUUGUCGAGAAAAUCAACUCGGCGAUCGCCAUCGACGAGAAAAACUAUUCGAAAAACUACAAAAGCUCGCUGAUUGGAGUGUUGGACAUCUACGGGUUUGAGAUUUUCGACAACAACAGUUUCGAGCAGUUCUGUAUCAACUACUGUAACGAGAAGUUGCAGCAGUUGUUUAUUGAACUUGUCCUGAAGCAGGAGCAAGAGGAGUAUAAUCGCGAAGGCAUCGAGUGGCAAAACAUCGAUUUCUUCAACAAUCAGAUCAUUUGUGAGCUUGUUGAAGCGCCACAUAAGGGGAUUUUGGCGAUUAUGGAUGAUGCGUCGAAAAUGACUGCCGAGAAAGUUACUGAUGAGCUUUUACUAGAAACGAUGGAUAAGCAGUUGAAAAAUCAUAAGCAUUAUACGUCGAGACAACUCAAACCGGCUGAUAAAAAUAUGAGGCAUAAGAUCGAUUUUCGGAUAACACAUUAUGCGGGUGAUGUCACCUAUUGUGUAACGGGAUUUUUGGAUAAGAAUAAGGAUACGCUCUUCCAGGAUUUUAAACGGUUAAUGUUUAAUUCCAACGAUUCGAAUUUGAAGGAGAUGUUCCCAGAAGGCUCGCAACACAUUUCACAGACCACCAAACGCCCCCCAACGGCCGGCUCCCUGUUCAAAACCUCCAUGCAAGCCCUCGUCCAGAACCUCUACAGCAAAGAGCCGCACUACGUCCGCUGCAUCAAACCCAACGAACUGAAAUCCCCGUCGGCCUUCGACGAAGAACGCGUCAAGCACCAGGUCAGCUACUUGGGUCUGGUGGAAAACGUGCGCGUCCGUCGCGCUGGUUUCGCCUACCGUCAGCGUUACGACCUCUUCCUCAAACGCUACAAAAUGAUCUCACAGUUCACGUGGCCCAACUUCCGUUCCGGCACCGAUAAAGACGGCGUUUGCGUCAUAAUGGACGAACGCAAAUUCAGCGAUGACGUAAAAUACGGCAAAACGAAAAUAUUCAUUCGCUCGCCGAAAACGCUAUUCGCACUGGAAGCGGCGCGAAAUGACCUCAUCCCCGGCAUUGUGACUUUGAUUCAGAAAACGUGGCGCGGCUACGUCGCCAGGCAACAGUACAAGAAGAUGAGGGCCUUAAUGACGAUGAUUCAAGCGUAUAGGUUGAAGAAAAUGCGCGUUUAUGUGAACGCACUCCAGGCGAAGUUCGCAAACGCGAAACGAAUGAAAGACUUCGGGAAGAGCGUCAUGUGGCCAGCGCCGCCCGUGUCGCUGCAGAAGACAACACGCACUUUGAAGCAGAUUUACAAUCGCUGGAGGGCCUUCAUGAUACUUAAUAAAAUCCCGAGGGCCGAGUGGCCCGAAAUGAAAAUCAAGGUGGCCGCGGCCAGUGCCUUACUCAACAAACGGCCGACUUACGGACUCAACAGAAGGUGGGAGGGUAAUUAUCUUGCCACGCAUUCUGAAAAUAACAAUUACACGACGUUCAACGAUGCGGUUAAUAACUUGAAAAAUGGCCAACACUUUGGAAAAGUGCUGUUUUCGUCGUUCGUUACGAAAUUCAACAAGUUUAAUAAGUGUGCAGAGCGAGUGAUUCUCGUUACUGAUCUGGCGAUUUUCAAGCUUGAUUCGUUGAAGUUCAGGAAUAUGAAAGAAGGGACGGCUGUUAAGGACCUGACAGGGAUUAGUGUCAGUCCGGGACAGGAUCAAUUGAUCGUUUUACAUUGUUUGGGUGGGAAUGAUUUAGUUGUGUCGUUGCAUUCGAUGAAGCAAGAGGAUCGGAUUGGGGAAUUGGUUGGGAUUGUCUCCAACACAUAUUUCAAGUUCAAGGGAACGGAUCUUCCGGUCACCGUCAGCAAAACCAUUACCUGUUCACUGGGUGGGAAAAAGCGUGUAAUUACAAUCAACGUGACUUCCGAGGUACAAACGCCAACGUUCAAGAAGGACGGAAAUAACAUUGCGUAUUUGUUACCGACAAGUUUUGCCGUUGUGGAAAACGGUCGUGAUUUUAUCAAGCAUUAAUUCGUGCCUUUUUUACAAGAUGGUUCAGAUUUAUAUGUAUACAAACAACGAAUUUGUUGCUUUUUAUGUACUUAAAUGUGCGAUCUUUGAGAUCAUAUGUGUUGUCAUCAGUUUGAAAUUUUAUUUUAAAUGUCGUGUUACGUAGUUUUAUGAAUUUAUAUAUCGUUGUUAAUCAUUCCACGAUGGCAUUUUGUUGAUUCAUUAUUUUCUACUAAAAGUAUUCGCAUCUGGUAUUAUGUAAAAGUGAUUGUUGUAUUUAUUUGUAUAUACAAGUGCCAUUUUUUGUUUAUAUUUUUGUAUCGAUUUUGGAUACAUAGUCAAGCUAAAGUACGUGCCUUAAUAAAAAAAAUUAACAAAC